AUGGAAGACUCCGUAUGCAACUACUGGCGACAGGUAUCGCCAAAAAUAUCUGAAGUAAUGAAGCUUAGUUGGACUUAUGCCUUAAGUGUGGUCGUCAACAGUUUUCUAUGUUACACAGCAAUAAUGUUAAACGUAUUGACAAUCCAUGGAAUACGAAAAACAUCCUCUUUGCCAAGAACACUCCGCACGUUACUGAUGAAUCUUGCUGUUUCCGAUGUUGGUGUUGGUUUAUUUGCUCAGCCAUUCUACACUUCAUUUCAAUACAAGCUGUUAGAAGGCAGCAACCCCGAGUGUAUUUUCUAUACGGCUUUUCAUGUCACAUUUAUUCUGUUUUGCACGGCUUCUUUAUGUGGUACCACAGCCAUAACCCUAGAAAGGCUCUUAGCCAUCCAUCUUCAUCUAAGAUAUCAAGAACUUGUGACUCACAAGCGGGUCGUUAUUAUGGUGAUCUCCACAUGGACGCUGAGUGUUUUUCUUUCUGUGAUGUGGCUCUGGUUUCCGUUGCACCUUUCCAACUUCAUCACAACUAUUCUCGCGAUUUUUUUUCACUUUCUGACAGCAAUGGCCUACUUCAAGAUUUCUUUAGCUGUAAGGCACCACAAGACUCAAAUACAGUCCCUGCAAGUGCAACGCGAAGCUCCACAGCCUGGUGAAAGGGCAAAUUUUGCUGGUCUUAUUAAAUUGUUAAACCCUGUAAUUUAUUGUUGGAAGAUGAGACGCAUUCGGCACUCUAUCAUGAACAUACCACGACAAAUACAUGAUUGGUACAGAAACCACUUUGGAUGAUACAUGCGCCC